GCCCGAGGUGGAUGCUGCUCGAGCGGCGGCUCGGACAUUCCGGCACUAGGCAGAGAGCGAAGGCGGGAGCCGUCGUACUGCCGCUCGUGCUGUCUGGAGACGUGACUGGGAGAGAGGCUGGUGGGAGGAGAGGCGAGGGGUGGGAGCGCAGCCCCCUGCUCGCUCUCACUCGCGCUGGAGAAAGAGGCAAAAGGAGGAGGGUGCAAGGGGCAGUGACCGAGACAGAGCAGUUGUCUCCUCGGCCGGCACACAGGUGCUGCAGGCAGGAACCCGUUGGAGUCGCUCGCUCGGGAGGAGGAAGACCCCCUGCUCCGGGUGCUCGCUCUCUUGGGGGCGGGGGAAUGGAGUGGCAACCUUGACUCUCUGCCGACUCUGGGGAACGCCGCUCUGUCGGCGGGUUUGCUGCCUGCCUCGUGGCGCGUCCCGGCUCAGCCAGCCAGAUCUACCAGUAAUGGAAACAAUGAUUCAAAGAAAACAACCUCUACCGUGAUUUCUUGUUUGUUCCUUCAUAAUCGGUUUUCAACAUUUUGGGAGUCACUUGCAAACACUACACCUUGUUGUCUGAAAUUCAGCAGUUUUUGAAGGGUUCUUCAGCAAGAAAUGUUUAUCCCACAUUUUAAUCUUUCCAUCUAUGAAUGCUACUCAUCUCUUGAAUUCAUGGGUUUUCUUGUUCCCCAUCAAUGAAGGAAGUGGCUCUUCAUGGGCAAAGGCCUGCUUUGUUGAGACAACAAGGAUGUUAAAGAUCCCCUCACCUCCAUGAUCCAUGGCUUCGAAGGAAAUGCCUGGGACGAGCACCAGUUGCUUCAGUCUCCUGCCUCUGGAACUCUGCUGAACCGCUGAAGUUGUGCCAUGUUCUGUGGUACAGCAUUAUGGUACACAGUGUGUCAUGGGGUGCACCUGAUUUGGAAAAAUUGCCACACUUCCCUCUCUGUCAAUGAGAAGUGCAGAGGCCUCUAGUGGAUACAGCAGGUUUGAGCACAGCUUCCAGGGCUUAUCUCAAAGCAUUCUGUAGAAAUGAGGUUCGGAUGGCAUUCAUAUUUGUGAAUAUGUCAGAACGUCACAAUGGUCCCGCCUAGCAACAGUACAGUCUCCUCCUUGGCUUCCAAUGUGAGCUUCUGGAAUCGAGACUCCCAAGGAACAGGGUUUUUCAGUGAUGUAUCAUCAUUCACGAGCAGCCAUGGCAUCUUCCAAACAAAUGAGAACUCCUCCUUCACUAAUGAGUCACAAGGUGAUCCUCCUGAUCCUCUAGGUGGGCAUGCUGUCUGGCAAGUUGUCUUGAUUGCCUUCCUGACUGGCAUUCUGGCCCUUGUGACCAUUAUAGGAAACAUCCUGGUGAUUGUAGCAUUUAAAGUCAACAAACAGCUGAAAACUGUUAACAAUUACUUCUUGCUGAGUCUUGCUUGUGCAGAUUUGAUCAUUGGUGUUAUUUCUAUGAACCUCUUCACUACAUACAUAAUAAUGGGCCGCUGGGCUAUGGGAAACUUGGCCUGUGACCUGUGGCUCACUAUUGACUAUGUAGCCAGCAAUGCCUCUGUCAUGAAUCUCCUGGUCAUUAGUUUUGACAGAUAUUUUUCUAUCACUAGGCCACUUACCUACAGAGCUAAGCGAACAACCAGAAGGGCUGGGGUGAUGAUCGGCUUAGCAUGGGCCGUUUCAUUUAUCCUUUGGGCCCCUGCCAUACUCUUAUGGCAGUAUUUGGUUGGGGAACGAACUGUUGAAGAAGGUAAAUGUUACAUCCAGUUUCUAAAUGAACCAAUCAUCACUUUUGGCACUGCCAUAGCUGCCUUUUAUUUGCCCGUCACCAUUAUGAGUAUUUUGUACUGGAGGAUAUACAAGGAGACAGAGAAGCGUACCAAAGAGUUAGCUGGACUCCAGGCCUCCGGCAGUGAUGCUGAGGCAGCACGCUUUGUCAGCCAAACAGGCAGCUCUAGAAGCUGCAGCAGCUAUGAGCUGCAACAACAGAACACAAAAUGCUCCAACAGAAGGAAAUAUGGAGGCUGCCACUUCUGGAUGACAUCAAAGAGCUGGAAACUGAGCUCAGAGCAAGUUGAUCAGGAGCACAGCAGCAGCGACAGUUGGAACAACAAUGAUGGUAAUGCAUCUCUUGAGAACUCUGCCUCUUCUGAUGAAGAAGACAUUGCCUCAGAGACCAGGGCCAUCUACUCUAUUGUACUGAAGCUUCCAGGGCAUAGCACUAUCCUCAACUCCACAAAACUACCCUCAUCAGAGGAUCUGCAUGGGUCAGAGGAUGAACUGCAGAAGUUAGACACAGAGUCAAAGGAAAGGAGACCUAAAAAGCUUCAUCCACAAAAAAGUGUGGAGGAUGGAAACUUGCAGAAAAGCUUUCCCAAGCUUCCAAUUCAGCCAGGAUCAGCAGUACACACAGGUGUGGCUUCUGAUGGCAUUUUCACCGGGUCUAAGCAAUCUGCUGGCCUGCCUUUGUCCUUCAAGGAAGCCACAUUGGCCAAGAAGUUUGCCUUGAAGACAAGAAGUCAGAUCACCAAGCGAAAACGAAUGUCACUCAUCAAAGAAAAGAAAGCUGCACAGACACUCAGUGCCAUUUUGUUUGCCUUCAUUAUCACCUGGACCCCAUACAACAUCAUGGUCCUGGUAAACACCUUUUCCAAAGAAAUUCCCCAAACUGUUUGGAACCUGGGGUACUGGCUUUGUUACAUCAACAGCACAGUGAACCCUAUGUGCUAUGCACUGUGUAAUAAAACAUUCAGAACCACUUUCAAGAUGUUGCUGCUGUGUCAGUGCGACAAACGGAAACGACGUAAGCAACAGUAUCAGCAGAGACAGUCUGUCAUUUUUCAUAAGCGGAUUCCCCGGGAUGCUUCAUAGAAUAGUAUUUUUUAACAAUGGAAACAUAUUUUAAGGGGAUUGAAGGAAUGGGAGGGAGGUGGUUGCUGGAACAGACUACAAAUAUUUCAUCUGCAAGAUGUGAAAAGAGCAGCCUGCUGUAUGUAUGUAUCUAUCAUUUUAAUACUUCCUGUUUAAUGUAACUGUUUAAGCCACAUUAAGCAAAAAAAAACAAACUAAUUGCAAAGUUUUUAUAAGAACUAUCAGACAUCUAAAGGGUUUCCUACAGAAUUCCAAGAAGUUGCAUAGCAAUUAUGAAAGUUCUUAGUGAUCCACUGAAUUAAUUCUAUACUUGUAAAUCCAUUCUGAGUUAAUCCUGUAAUUCCAUUCUCAGGUGAACACACAUAGCUAGCCCAGUCCCAAAGCUUCCUGGGGUCUAAUAGGCUCCAACUCAAGUCACAUCUUGGACAGAUUUAGCCAAACUAGAUUGGUGUGUGUGUUUCAAACACUGUGUAGGUUGUCCAAAACUACUUGUUGCCCCAAAAGAGUUUCCCAUAAUCUCCUCUGUUAGAUGUAAAGUCCAUUCUUGUGGUCCAGGUUAUUUAAUAACUUACUGGAACACACCAUACAGUCAAUUACUGGAAUACACCAUACAGUCAGAGCCUGUCAGCUAUUUGCCAGGAAAGAUGAUAUCCUUCUUGGUACUUAUAAUUGUCAGAUGUGAGUAGUGUUGAGAGACCUUGAAAAUCAUUUCCCAGCUUUUAUUACUUUUGAAGUGUUGUUUUCUCCUUAAAAUGGUGAAACCUACAGAAUAAAUAUGUGCAACAAUGAAAAGAACAAGAUGGGCACAUACUAUCCACAGAUUUUUGCAAUGGAAUCUAAAAUGAACUGUAUUUUUAAAGACUGAGAUGCACUCUCAAUCUCCUCAAACAUGAGAAGCUCAGUUUCUCACCUGGAGAUGUGAAAUACAAUCCUUAUUAGUAGUUAAGUCAACAGAGAGGCUGAAAUGCUGGAAAUUGCAGUACUUCUGCAUUAAAUGUGAAUGUCAUAGAGGCUCUCUCGGCCUGGUUCUCAGAUUUAGAUUGUGCCACUAUAGUAGGACAGUGCCCACUGUAACUUUGGAAUUCUCCAAGUUGUUUGAAAGUUGGACCACAAUACCUGUGUAGAUCAGGGAGUCCCAAUCCUUUUGCUGGUUUCUGGAGAAGGAAAGGAGGGAGUGUGAGGGCAGCACCAUCAUGAAAUGAGGUGUGUGUUUAUUCCAAUGCAUUUGUUCAAGGGGCUGGAAAGGAUAAAGUCCAUGUGGUGAAGUCUGUGCAAAAAGCACAUCACUUCUCUCCAGCUGGUGUUGUGAUGCAGCAUCCUAAUCAGGUUCUCAGGACCAGACUGUCUGUCUCCAUUUGACUGUUGGCAGAUUUUAAAAAAAGCAUUUUCAGAUAUGGGGAGAAAUAAUUAUAUAUAUAUUUUUUUUAAAAACCUGACCUGGCACUUUCCAAACUGCUUGUCUAUUUUGAAAAGUUGUUGCUGUUGCUGUGGUUGUUGUUAUUACAACUAAUAGUGGAUACUUCAAGUUUGUGCAGUACAAUGUCCCAAAUCAAUGUAAGUAGUCUGCUAUUUCAAAUAGCUAAGCACUUUCUCAGAAAUUUUUUUAAAAGGGCUUUAAUAUUUGUCGCUGAGAUGUGAGAAGUGAUUCCUGGUAUUUAUAAUGUAGUCAAUACUGAGGUCAUGGGCACAACCCAUCAUGCUCUUAUGCGACUCUCAUUCAUUUCAGUGAAGUUUGCACAGGAGAUGUUCUAUGUGGAUUGUGCCUAUACUUGUACUUUAUAAAAGUCAGGACUCCCCUGAGGAAAGUACUGUGCUUUAAAGCACUGUUUCAGAUCAGAUUUAUUUACGUUUUGAAGAGUAAUUUUGUAUAUUCUGCUUUCAACAGACUGAUCUUUUUGUGGGCCUUUUUUCUCCUUUUUUGACUUAACACUCAGAUUUAACAAAAAUAAAAAUGCAACUUACUUUAUGAAAGUGGGAAUCUGUGUUAUGAACCUGGACCUGGUAUAAAAGCUGCUUUUGUAUUCAGUGUGAGAUGGUGUUUACAGAUGAUUUUGACAACAGUGGAAGUAUAUUAAAUGGUGUCUGUGUAUCUGAUCUAUUUAAUUUUGUGUUAUGUUUAUAUGAAGAAAUAUUUAUACAUAAAUGCCACCAAAAUGUUUUAUUUAAAUGUUGAUAAAUAUUGCUCUUUGGUCUUCAACUAUAAUGUCCUUUACAAGCUGAUCAUAAAGGUGUUCUUGAGAAAUGAACACAGCUUUCAGGUUUGUGCACCACUGAUUUAUCAGGUUGCAUUUGUGUGCAUUGGAAAUAAAAUCUUUAGACAGGUAACCUACACUUCAAUGCGCUCCACUAACACAGACUGGUCUCAUUAUGAUGGUGGCUUGAGGAUAAAGGAGAAGGCUGCUGAAGGGGGAAUGGAAUAAUUGCCACAUCUUUUCUUUUGCAAAGCUCCUCCGCCUUUAAGAGCUCCCAGCAAAGCAUGUUCUUCCAGCAUAAAGAAGCAGUGCUGAGAAAGGAAUAAAUCCAGUAGCAGAAGCCUAUCACACUGUAGUAAAAGGCACAAGAGACUAUGGCAAGUGGGGGGAGAAGAAAGAUGUAAAUGAGAUGAGAGGAUUUCCAGAUUUUUGUUCCUAAGGAGACAGAUGCUUAAAUCUACUGGCACACUUGGGCUGCAAUGGCAGAUUCCUCUAGAAACCAGGGCCACAGGCUAGAAGAGGGGCUCCCAAUCCUGUAUCCCCAGAUGUUUUUAGACUACAGUUUCCAACAUCCCCAGACACAAUGGCCUUGAAGAAACCACGGCUGGGGCUAGAAGAUUCUAGCACAACCUUCUGUGCUAGAAGAAUAUAAACUAUUGGGUCAGAAAUGCCCCAUUGGGCUUGAGCCCCAAACUGUAUUUGAAAGUCUGAUACACACCCCAAACAGAAUGGCAGAUCUGCUCUCGUUUUGUUUUCUUCUUUAACCCAUGUGCUAUCAAGGACAUUUAGGAAAUCACUACACUGCAUCUAAGGUUCUCAAACAACAGUGUUCAUGUUAGAAGCCAACUGCACAAUCUACACAAAUGCCUGUACCAGAAAAAAACCUGCCAUUUAAAAAAAAAUAAAAAAUUGGGGCUUCAGGUCCCCAGAACAGAAACUGAGAGAAAAUGAACACCCUAAACGAGACUAGAGACUUGUCCAUUGGCAAUUAGAGCUGUCCAUUUUGGAAAAGUGGGUGGGCAUACAACAUUGAUUGACAGGACAGGCCCCAACACUUUGCCUCCUAGCCCUAUCACUAUAAAACUUCAGCUGUCAGAGGACCUUGUGAGCAAGCAAAUUGUGCCUCUCAUUGAAAGUGAUUGCAGCUCAUUAGGGAAAUCUGAUUUGCACAUUGGGAACUCCUGCUGCAGUUAUUUCUUAAGGACUGAAAGACACUUCAUUGCUCAAGUUUACCUUACAACUAAUGUUUGAACAUUUAUGUUUAUAUAUAUAUAUACACAUACAUCUAGAUAUUGCAAUAUUAUUAUCUUUUACUAUUUAAAGUAAUGCAGUUUCCUCUAAUAAACUUGAGGAAGCCAGUCUACAGCCAGGAGACUACCUUGCAUAUUGUUGAUUUCACAAUGAGAGAGUAUUUUUUUAAUCAAAGUUAAGCAUCUUUGUGAAAACAACUUGUCACCACUAAAGAGCAAACAUGUGGGGAUUGUGUUUUCAGAGGGGGGAAAUAAAACUGAUAUUUGAUGUGUGAA